AUGGACUUGUUUAUCACUCUUAUUUUACUGACAUUUUCCAUCAUGUCAUUGAAGUUUCAUGGAUCUGAUUCUCAAAGUAUCAAAUCAUCUCAUGUUCUUGAUCUCCUCAUAAGAGAUCACACAUUCAGUUCAUUAGACAAAAACUUCAAGACAGGAAUACCACAAUCAGUGAAACUACCUCCAAAUUUAUCAGGCAUCAAAGUCGAUACUGUGAGGUUUAGAUGUGGAAGUUUAACAAGGUAUGGUGCAAAACUAAAAGAGUUUCAUCUUGGUAUUGGUGUUACCAUUCAUCCAUGUAUUGAAAGAGUAAUGUUGAUAAGACAAAGCAUAGAGUAUAAUAAUUGGUCUUCUAUAUAUUAUGCUAACUAUAAAGAUCUAUCUAAGUAUCAACUUGUUUCUCCGAUUGUUGGAAUUCUGGCUUACAAUGCCGACGAAGAUUCGAAUUCUAGUAGUAAUCCUUUUCAACUUGGAAUUGAAGCCGGUGAAAAUCUCAUCACAGUUGAUUUCAACAAUGCUACAAAUUUCAACCACAAAGAAGGAAAUGGUAUCAAAGUGAAUCCCUUAUGUGCAAGUUUUGAAGGAAAUGGAAAACUGACGCUUGCGAAAACAAAACCUUUGGCAACACUUGUUUGUGUUGCUAAAAUGCAUGGACAUUUUGGUUUGGUGGUUGAGUCUUUACAACAAGAAGAUGAUGAUUUUACAAAGCCUAUAAGACUAAGUCGAUGGAAAGUUGCGGUAGGGAGUACUAUCGGUGCUGCUUUAGGUGCUUUUCUUCUAGGUUUGCUUCUUGUUGCAAUGCUUGUUAGGGUUAAGAAAAGGUCGAGAAUGGUUCAAAUGGAGAGAAGGGCUUAUGAAGAAGAAGCUCUUCAGGUUUCAAUGGUUGGACAUGUGAGAGCUCCCACGGCACCCGGAACUAGAACAACACCAACACUAGAGCAACAUGACUAUAUAACUCAGCGCGCUCGUUGA